GGGGAGAGGAUGUUGCGGGUCGUAAAGGGAAUCCUUUUGGGAUGAGAACCCCACUCCUCACUGCGUUUUGGAUGGGCGUCCCCCCUUAAGUCCUUCCAUCCUGCGUCGUGAGUUGAGGCAACCUGUCUCCCUCCCUAGGCACUUUUCUUUCUCGAGUGACCCCGGGAGGGACAUUUUUCUUCUUUCUCCUCUGUCAGGGGGAGAGGGUUCUUUUUCUCUUCAAGGGUUAAAGCCCUCACACCCACACCCACACCCACCCGAGGCAAGGUACGCUCACACUCGAAUCUGGUAUUCUCCGUGCCUGUCUUCCUCCAGUUACGCCCGAUCCCGUCCCCUCUUACCCCCGCCCUCCCCUUCCUCACCGCAGCCUCGGCUCAGCAGGCUCCCCGUCCCACCAUGGAGGUGCUGGAGAGCGGGGAGCAGAACCUGUUGCACUGGGAUCGCAAGCUCAGCGAGCUGUCAGAGCCCGUGGAUUCCGACAACCUGAUGUACAACACGCAUUUCACAGAGCUUCUGGAUGAGUUUUCCCAGAAUGUCCUGGGCCAGCUUUUGAAUGACCCUUUCCUCUCAGAGAAGAAUGAGAUGAUGGAGGUGGAACCAUCCCCAGCCUCCCCUGCCCCUCUCAUCCAGGCAGAACACAGCUACUCCCUUUGUGGGGACUCCCGGCCUCAGUCCCCACUCACCCACAUCUCUACUGAGGAUACAUUCAAUGACGCUAAUCUGGCAGGUGAGGAAUGGUGCCUGACUUCAGCAACCAUCAAGACAGAACCCAUCCUGUGCGAAUCUCCUGGCCUUGUUCCAUCUGUCACUCUGACCAUCACCACAGCUUCUGCCCCUCUAGGCAGUGAGGAUCCCCAACUGCAGAAUGAUGCUGAGGUCAAGUCCCCAAGCCUGAAACUACUUCCCAAGAUUAAACUGGAGCCUCAUGAAGUGGAUCAGUUCUUAAACUUCUCUUCCAAGGAAGCAGUUGUGGAACACCUGCAUCUACCCCCCACCCCUCCCAGCAGUCAUGGCAGUGAUUCUGAGGGGAGCCAGAGCCCCAGCCCAUCCCUGACACCAUCCAGUCCCACCCAGGGGCCAGGGAAGGUGACCUCUCGUUCAGCCUCAGCCCUUUCCAAUUCCCCUCUUCUGACAGCACCUCAUAAACUCCAAGGGUCAGGCCCCCUGAUUCUGACAGAGGAGGAGAAGAGGACACUGAUUGCUGAGGGAUACCCUAUCCCAACAAAACUGCCUUUAACAAAAGCAGAAGAAAAAGCCUUGAAGAAAAUCAGGAGGAAAAUCAAGAACAAGAUUUCUGCCCAAGAAAGUAGGAGAAAGAAGAAAGAAUACAUGGACAGUUUAGAGAAAAAGGUAGAAUCUUGUUCAAAUGAGAACAUGGAGUUGAGGAAGAAGGUGGAGGUUCUGGAGAAUACUAACAGAACUCUCCUACAACAGCUACAGAGGCUCCAGUCUAUGGUUGUGGGAAAAGUUUCCCGGUCUUGCAAAGCAGCCAGCACUCAGACAGGCACUUGUCUCAUGGUCGUUGUGCUAUGUUUUGCUGUUGUGUUUGGCAGCUUCUCUCAGAGCUAUGGGCCCUAUCCCUCUGCUACCAAGAUGGUACUUCCAAGCCAGCAUUCUACUCCAGAGUCAUAUACAGCCUCUAUUGUGAGAUCCAGGAGUCUGCUGAUCUAUGAAGAACCUCCUCCACUGGAGGAGGCUCAGAGCCUAGCUUUACCUGGGGAUCAAGGGGACCUUGAAGACAGAGAAAGAGGGCCCCCAAUCCUUGAGACAUCCAUCUUGGAGCCAAGACCCAGGGCUGAAGAGGCCAGUGUUGCUCAGUUCAGGAUAUCAAAUGAGACGAGGUUAGAGAAGUCAGUGCUGUUGGAACUUGGGCAGCAUCGGAUCAGCUCCAAACUGGAGGCAAAUGAAACACUCAAAGUCAUUGAAAUUGACAGAAGAGUCAAUGCGACUUUUUAAGGAGCUUCUUCUCCCCCUCUUCUCCUCCUCCCAUAAACAGAGCCCGGCCAACCAACUUCAACCAAAGCACUGAAAAGUGUUAAUUUGGGCCGAGAAGAGAGGCUGAGAGACUUCCUCAGACAUCCUGAGGGAUCUUGAUCUCCUUCUCAAAUUCCCUCCCCACUCCAAUUCCCACCCCCCCAUGUCUUUGUGUUUAUCUUUCCCCUCAUUGCCACAGAAAAUUAUUUUAGAGUUAGGAUCAGGGGUGGGUCAUGGGCCUCCUUCUAACCAUAGUGCCAAGAAAUUAUUCCCCAGCCCUCAUAAUUGUGGCAAGAUCAAUAUUAGAGAAGGAGAUGAGUCUCUUUGAGUAGAGUCCCUAGUCUUGGCAAAG